AGCCUUAACUGAAGGUUGAUUAGAAGUCCCUUGUCCUCACCUUUAGCAAUGACCUCAAUUAAUGUGCUAUGAGAUAUCAUUCGCGCUGAACAGAGUUUUCUAUGUGUUUUUAUUUUUUCUUUUUUUAUAUUUGUUUUGCAGCUAGUUUCUGUUGUCUCGAAUCCAAGAGAGAGAGCGUUGAGUUACAAGAUUCUCAGUAAGGGAGGGUGCAAAGAGAAAGAGAGAGAGAAGAUGGCCUUGAUGAAGUUGCUAGUUCUUCUAUGUUGCAUCUCGGCAAUGGUGGUGGUUCGAGCUGAAGAUCCUUAUAUUUUUUUCACUUGGAACGUGACCUAUGGCACCAUCUCUCCUUUGGGCGUCUCGCAACAAGGCAUUCUCAUCAACGGACAGUUCCCCGGUCCCAAUAUUAACUCUACCACCAACAACAAUGUAGUCGUCAAUGUCUUCAAUAAUCUCGAUGAGCCAUUCCUCUUAACAUGGAGCGGCAUUCAACAUAGGAAAAACUCGUGGCAAGAUGGAAUGCCUGGGACCAAUUGCCCCAUCGAACCAGGAACAAACUUCACGUACCAUUUCCAGGUGAAGGAUCAGAUCGGGAGCUUCUUCUACUUCCCGACCAUAGGCAUGCACAGAGCAGCUGGUGGCUUCGGCGGCCUCCGUGUGAAUAGUCGUCYGCUUAUCCCGGUCCCUUUUGCCGACCCAGAAGAUGACUACACCGUCCUYAUCGGCGACUGGUACUCCAAGGGCCACAGUAGCCUCAAGAAAUUGUUAGACACCGGCCGAUCUCUCGGCAAGCCUGACGGAGUCCUCAUUAAUGGCAAGUCAGGCAAGGUCGAAGGGGACAAGGAUGAACCCCUCUUCACCAUGAAGCCCCACAAGASCUACAGGUACAGRGUCUGCAAUGUUGGGUURAAGRCUUCUCUCAACUUUAGGAUCCAAGGCCACUCCCUGAAGCUGGUGGAGAUGGAGGGAUCCCACACGGUUCAGAACGUAUACGAUUCCCUCGACGUGCACGUAGGGCAGUGCUACUCCGUUCUGGUAACAGCCAACCAGACGCCCAAAGAUUACUACAUGGUGGCAUCYACCCGGUUUACCAAGUACAUGAUUAGUGCCACGCGCAUCAUCCGUUACACCAACGGCAAAGGCCCCGCUUCUCCUGUCCUCCCUGAGGCACCUGUUGGCUGGGCCUGGUCCCUCAACCAAUUCCGCUCCUUCCGCUGGAACUUAACGGCUAGCGCCGCCCGCCCCAAUCCUCAAGGCUCUUACCACUAUGGCGCCAUCAACAUCACCCGCACCAUCAAGCUUGUCAACACUGCUGGCACCGUAGAUGGGAAGCUCCGCUACGCCAUUAAUGGCAUGUCCCACGUCGACAAGGAUACUCCACUAAAGCUCGCCGAAUACUUCGGAGUUGCAGACAAGGUUUUCAAGUACGACAGCAUCCCAGAUGAACCUAAAGGCAAAGGAAGUGAAAAGAUUGUCAUGGGACCUAACGUCCUCAAUGCUACAUUCCGUAAUUUUGUGGAAAUCAUAUUGGAGAACCACGAGAAGAGUAUUCAGUCAUGGCACUUGGAUGGAUACUCUUUCUUUGCUGUCGGAAUUGAACCAGGGAAGUGGACACCAGAACGCAGAAAGAACUACAACCUUCUUGACGCUGUGAGCCGGCACACAGUCCAAGUUUUCCCAAAGUCGUGGGCGGCCAUCUUGCUCACCUUUGACAAUGCCGGAAUGUGGAACCUGAGGUCAGAGAUUUGGGAUAGAUUCUACCUAGGACAGCAGCUUUAUGUCAGCGUCCUUUCUCCAGCACGCUCUCUCAGGGACGAAUACAACAUCCCCGAUGGCACAAAGCUGUGCGGCAUAGUGAAGGGCCUUCCCAAGCCCCCACCAUAUACCAUCUAG